AUGUCGAAGGAGCUCAAGACGUUUACUCGCGAGGAAGUCGCGAAGCACAAUACCGUCGAUGACAUGUGGGUCAUCAUCGACAGUAAGGUCUAUGACCUUACCAGGUUCAAGAACCUGCACCCCGGUGGCGCUGCUGUACUACUCGACGACGAAGUCGCUGGCCAGGACGCUACCGAAGCUUUCUACGGUUUACACAGGCACGAAGUGCUUGAGAGGCCUCAAUAUAAGCGCCUUCAGAUCGGUUCCAUCAAAGACGAGAAGGCGGUCAUCUAUGGCGCACAGCUUCCCGGUCAGCUCUCGCUUGUCCCCUACGCCGAACCAACAUGGCUCGCGCAGGGCUUCAAGAGCCCCUACUACGACGACAGCCAUCGAGCGUUGCAGAAGGCCGUUCGCCAGUUCGUUGACGAGGUCAUCUACCCCGACGCGCAGGCAAGAGAGGAGGAUGGCAAGCGACCCAGCCUGGAUGUCAUUGAGAAGAUGGCCGAGGUCAAUAUCCACGCUAUGCGCAUGGGCCCCGGAAAGCAUCUGAAGGGCCGCAAGCUGAUGGGUGGCAUCGUGGAGCCAGAGACGUACAACUACUUCCACGAGCUUGUGGUACAGCAGGAGAUCCCUCGCGUUGGCGCUCGCGGGUAUGGAGACGGUCUCAACGCUGGUCAAGUCAUUGGUCUUCCCCCAGUCCUUAACUUCGGCAACCCAGAGUUACGUGAGCGCGUUGCGAACGAGGUCCUCAGUGGGAAGAAGUUCAUCUGCUUGGCCAUCUCCGAGGCGUUUGCUGGCUCCGAUGUCAUGGGUCUUCAGACAACAGCUGCCAAGACGGAGGACGGCAAGCACUGGAUCAUCAACGGCACCAAGAAGUGGAUUACGAACGGUGUCUUCUGCGACUACUUCACCGUCGGUUGCAAGACCGAGGACGGCUUCACUGUCAUCCUCGUCGAGCGCUCGGAUGGUCUCGAGACGAAGAGCAUCAAGACGAGCUACUCGCCCACUGCUGGCACUGCUUUCGUCACCUUCGACAAUGUCAAGGUGCCCGUCGAGAACACACUCGGCGAGGAGGGCGGAGGCAUCUUCGUCAUGCUCUCGAACUUCAACCACGAGCGAUGGGUGAUGUGCUGCAACAGCGUCGCCAGCCAACGAGCCAUCGUCCAAGAAUGUCUUCUCUGGAUCUCGCAGCGCAAGGCGUUCGGCAAGCCGCUAUCGAGCCAGGCGGUCAUUCGUAGCAAGAUCGCUGGUAUGAUCGCGCGCACGGAGGGUGCUCAGGCGUGGCUGGAGAACGUCACGUACCAGAUGUGCAACAUGAACUACAAGGAGCAGGCAAGCAAGCUUGCGGGACAAAUUGGUCUCUUGAAGAUGUUCUGCACGCAGUCGGCACAGCAGACCGCAAGGGACGCCGUCCAGAUCUUCGGUGGUCGUGGUAUCACUCGCACCGGUAUGGGUCGCUUCAUUGAGCAUUACCACCGUACAAUUACCUUCGACGCGCUUCUCGGCGGUGCGGAGGAUGUCCUCGGCGAUCUCGGUGUUCGCCAGGCUUUGCGCCAGAUGCCCAAGAACGCAAGGCUAUGA